GCUUAUGUACAUGGUGUAAGGGUACCGGAAAUUUGAGGAUGUUUAUUCAUUCGUCGCAACGUUAACGUGAAGAGCGGCCACAAAUAAUUUUACUUUGUCUACGCGCAUGCGAACUCUUAUUCCGAAGACGCAAUCUGUGAAUAUUCAUAUUGGCUUCCGGAACUGUGGUGGGGAAAAAAAUGUCCCCGGUCGUUGCCCAUGAUUCAGUCUGCAUACGUCACUAGAGAAAAAUCAGUAAUCACAUCACGAAAAGAACAGAAGAUAUUUCAUGGAUGAAAUGAGUUAAAAGAACUUCAUGUUGACAAACCCAUAAAUGAUUCAAAUGAUUUGUAUUCGUUUGUAUAUAUUGGGCAUGGGUUUUCGACAAGACCACAGCCAUUACAGCAGGGGAGGGUGAUAGAAUGGGAGGGGUGAUAUGGAAAGGGGUAAUAGAAGGGGGGUCCUGAAUUAUCUUUGCAUACGGGCAUGCAUGGCGGGUGCGUGAGACGGGGGCAGGAAGAUUAACGUUUUACGUGCUUCCGCUAUUUUGUUACGUUCUGCCACUGCUGACACUGGCUGGCUCAACCCAUUCCAGAUCAUAGACGAGUAUUCUUACAUCGUUUCCUAUUACAUCGACUUAUCUCCGCUGGCUUCAACUAAUAACGGGACAGUGCCCCUGUUUCAUCUGUAGACAAGUGGAUGCAAGCUCUUUCAACUUAUUUCAGAUAUUUUAUGGGAAAAUAUUCACACCUGCCAUUGCUGUUAUCACUAACCUACAAAGAAAGUGGAUGUGUAUAAGGUGACUUCUAUCAUGCAAAAUUUCAGACCUAAUCUCUUUUGAAGAUUAAUAUUGCUUUAACUGUUCCUUUAGUCAUUUGAAGUGAAUUGGGACGAUGAGGAUUGUUUUACUCGUGUGUUUUCUAUCUGGACUAUCUGUGCGAGAUGUAACGAGCAAUCCUGUCAAUUGUGCCAAUCAUGGACAAUGGUUAGGCACGAAUAUCAACUGUCUACAAAUAGGUCCACAACAAAAGAGAGAGAAACCCGAACUCCCUGAAAAACCCGAGAGACCGGAAAGACCGGAGAGACCGGAAUUCCCCGAGUCGGAGUUGUACGAGCCGGAAGAACCGGACGUCGAAGAACCCGAAUACCGAGGACUGGGAUGGGGUACUCCCAGACCGUGUCCGCCAGGGAACAAGAAUUGCAAUCGAGGUGGAAAUGGGGGUUCUAAUGGAGUUAUGGGAGUUUACAAGGCAGCAGCGUUCAUUGGCGUUGCUAUCCUCAUUGCAAUAUUGGUUACCAUUCUCAGCCUCGUGAUAUAUUGUGUAUGGAAACGAAGACGAGAUAUACGUCCUACUCAUAUCAAUAAUGGUAUAAAGAUAUCGAAUGCGAGCAAUGGAUACGCCACACCCGGUGGAAAGUGCUCCUUGGGAGUAGGUGGGUCUGGUGCUAUAUGCACAUGCACGAACACCGGCCACCAGUGUUGCGAACAAACUAAGGUAUCACGACAAAAUCAGCAUGACAACACACACCACUACGCCGGUCCGUCACACAACACGGCACAAUCUUCCACUCCAGUAAGCAGAAAACCGCAAGUCAUUCCAUAUGCGCAGUCAGAGGCAUAUCCAAGCAGAAGUGACAAGACUGCUGAUAACGACGACAACCUCAGAGGAUACAUGGGCCUGAUAAAAAGUCGUCCUGAAGGCGAUCCAAAACACCCAACCCCACCUAACCAUCCUCGAACUGGUAUAACACAGGCAGUAAAUCACGAAUACCACUUGCCACACCAUGGUUCAGCCAUUGUAGGAACGCCACGAAUCAAUCAUCCAAGAGAGCCGCAGCAGACACACGCCCUCUCCGGUAGCCGCGAUCGCCAGUCACCCGAUGCAGAUCCUUAUUAUUUUAAGUUGGAUGAUAGCCCGAACACGGUCCAACCAAGAUCGAUGAUGCCAGAUGGUAAUGUUCCUGACCUCAUUGCGAACCGGCCUCUGCCAUCCAAAGAGUUGAUACAGGAGAGAUCCCCACUCGCCUCUGACGAACGAAUGAUGCAGAAAGGUCUUUCAACGCAAAGGGGAGGAUAUGAUGCCAUUUUUGUACAGGAUGGCUCGGGCUCUGAGGUUUCUCCGCAUAAUAUCCAUGCAGCUGAAGAAAGUUACGAUAAAUUAGACCGGUCGAGAAAAUCGUUCAGACCCAGAGAUAAUAAUGGAGAUUAUAACACGAUAUCCCUCGACGUACUCAAGAUGUAACAUUGUCACUAAUAAGACUGCAGUCUGUGUAAAUGCAAUUGAGAAACAACAAGUUGAUUUCCAAAUAAUCAAAUGAAAGUUGAUAUACAAAUUGAAAUUAUGAAAAAUCCGUCUUUACUGACUUAAUAUCAAAAGAAAUUGAUACCCUGCAUUUCUUUUCCCAUGGAAUUCCAUAUUACAUCCAUUCCUGUUGAAUCUUAUUAUUCAAAAGCUUUUUUGCUGAAGUUUGUUUUGAAAAACUAAAAUCUACUGCAAAUGAGAAGCACUCACUAAAUGCCAUGUACUCACAAGCAAUAAGGAAAAAUCAUACAAGCUCGAGCAUUACACCUAUAUUCUCAUUCCAAUCGAAUGGACAAAUAAGAAAAAUUUCGACAUCUUAAAGUUUCGUUAUUUUCAGUUUAUAUUGGCACAUCCUGUUCUCUAUUUAAAUGUGAAUGCUAAUGAUGUUAUACAUUCAUUAUUCAGUUUUUAUUUUCUUAUAUCAUCAUAUAUUAUAUAUUUCUAUUCAUAUUUAUAAUUCAAUUAUUUAUUAAUGGUAAAGAAUCACUCUAGGGGAAAAUGAUAAAAUAUAGUAACAACCGAUGUUUCAUAAGGAAUUAAACGAAGCUCAAUCUUAUUUGAGGAAAAACUGUAAUUAUUUGAUAUAUAAAAAAACUGAACACGAAAAGAACUGAGUGCACUCAGUGGCGUUCUCAUUUGUAUACAUCGCGAUGUCCAUAUAUGUUUUGUGAAUAUAUGCAAAAAAUGAAAUUCCAACCUUUUUUUCUUCAUUUUUUAUUACAUCAGAUUUUAAUUAUAUCUUCCAGAGUUUUCUUUUUUCUCUAUAAGUUUCAUUCAACUUCCCGUUUACGAUGAUCUUGAAUUGAUUUGAUUUUAUUUUAUUGUUUACUUCUGCAAUUACAUCAUUCGUAUAUAAAACAUUUUCCAUAACUU